AUGACCUACGUCUCAAAUGAUCCCAGUAACUGGCCGUAUAUCAGUGCAAUUAUGUUUUUAAAUUAUUGGAACGUUGCCGCAGGCGUCGUGGUGGUAUAUAAUUGGAUCUUAACACUCGGACAAGAGAUUGAACUCAUCUGGAGACAACCCUGGUCUCUCAUGACCAUGCUGUAUUUGAUUAUACGCUAUAUUGGAAUACCGUAUUCUGUUGUCCAUCUUCUGGAAUUUUCCAUCAGUAUCGCUGACAGAUGCAGCGCUAUCACGUACUACGGAGUGAAUGGCACAAAUGCGGCCUCGACUGCCAUGUUGGGCGUCAUCAUGAUUUCUCGGUUGUAUGCCAUGUAUCAGGGAUCUAGAAUGAUGCUUAUGUUCCUUGUUAUUAUCUUCCUGGCUGUAAACAUCGCCUACGGAGUAAUCGCAGCAAUAGCACUCAAAGAUGCUGUACUGGAGGAGUCGAUACUUUCUGGCAUAUAUAUGUGCGGUUAUGUAUUUGAAGGGGACGAGCAGCUUCUUAUAUCGAUGGUUUGGAUGCUCAACGCUGUUUGGGAGGUCCUCGUACUGUGCCUUUCAGUCUGGGUUGCUAUAAAACACUUCCGUGAGCUGCGACGACUCGGCCCAUCGACAGGAUCAACCAUCGGGGACUGUUUCAGAGUGCUCAUACAAUCUCAUGUUCUCUAUUUUGCAAGCUUUGUGGGCGUCUCUUGCUUCCUGCUUGUUCAUAUCUCUCCAGAAAUCUGGAAUUCAGAUUCUAUUGGAACUCAGAUACUCAAUGGUACUCUUCAAAUUUUAUUGGUCGUGCAGACGUUUGUGCUGGGACCACGCCUCAUCCUGAGCGUUCGAGAAUACCACGCCAAACUCGUGGAACACACUGGCACAGAAACUAGCAUGAAUUCGAUUGUUUUCCAGGAGCGUGUACAUGUAUCAACUAGCAGUACUGUGUAG